ACUGCGAGAGCGGGUUUUCGAGUUGAUACAAGUGUAGCAACUAGUUUACAAAGUCGACGCAUUUUUCUCACUUGAAUCACGUACACCUGUUGCUCUAUAUACGUGGAUAUCAGCCUCGAGUUUUGGUGUCAUAUCACAGGCUAGUGUCUGUUUUCAAUUUUUGCACGUGUAGGGAAUUGUGUGUGGGAAACACUUUAGUCCGACGAUUAAAGUUCAUUUGAAAAUUUUUUUCGCUCGCGUUUAUUGCAUUCGGCUUCGAACAAGUGCGCCGAGAGCUAACGUUUCGAUUCUGAUUUGACAUUUUUUCAAUACUAAUAUUAUAUUUCCGCGUUUCGUUGCAUUUUCAUAUUUAUUUCUACUCUCGUGUGAAUUAUUUCGAGUCAUCACGGGAAACAAUUGUUGAAAAAUUAAUAGAAAAAUUAUUUUCCAAGUUUGGAGAAGGGAUUUUCGGCUGAAGUUUUAUUGCUUCGGUUCCUCUUCGUAUAAUCCGGAGAUAAAUAUUCAAUAGUUAAAUAUUUACAAUGAGUGGAGUGUGCGUUACCACCGAUGGAGAUAAGAAAAUGAUAAAUGAUCCUGACGAGCCGGGGGAUUUGGAGCGUUCGGGGGGGCAUUUUGGAACUCAAAACUCAACUCAAUUUGGGACUCAAGUCCAUGAAAAUAGUGGGAAAAGUGGGAGACAGGAUGUUUCCACGUGGGAUGAGAGCGAGUAUUCGUGCAACGAUGAGACAGCGAGUGCCGCUUCAUCAGCGAGUUUAGGGAGUCACGAGUCAAAUGAGUUCAACGAAUCAUCUGGUUACAAUUCGCCGGGUAAUGAGGGGGAUUUAAAGUGCCGGGUCGAGGGGGGGUUGGAGGGGUUGGAGGGGCUGUGCGUUGAGGAUGGUUCCACGGGGGUUGGGGGUGGGAAUGGCGAUGAGGCGAGUGAUGACGGCUGGGAGGCUGAUGAUUGCGCCGGGUUUUAUGAGGCUGUGAGAAUCGGGGAUAGUAGGAAAGUCGAGGAGCUGCUCGGAGAGGGGGCUAUUGUGGAUGUUGAUGAGCCCAAUUGGAAUGUUUCGGGGGAUCCACCGCUACUUGUGGCUGCUACCAAUCAUUGUUAUGAGGUUUUGAGAGUACUAUUGGCAAAGGGUUGCAACCCCGGCGCCCGUUCCCCGCGAGGUGAAACGGCGCUUCAUCGUGCGAUAAUAAAUCGUGGUCCAUUCAAAGCCCGUAAAUUCGUGGAGGAGCUUCUGCGACACGGCUGUUCUUCGGGUGUCAAAGAAGCUGGGGGUGGCUUGACGGCGCUCCACAUGCUCACCCGUCAAUUGGCCCACGCGUAUUCAUCGAGGGUCUCUCAAGUGGACUUUCAAGAGGCUCUCGAGACCCUCAGUGUUUUGGCAAAGGCAGGGGCUGUCAAUGAAAGAGAUCACCAGGGGCGGAGUGCUUUGCAUAUAUUAGCGUCUUCAAUCACAUUUGACAACUGCAGACCCGAAAUUGAGGCUGUGAUAGGAGCGCUGCUCUCAGCAGGGGGUGACCCGUUACAAAAAAACGAUCGUGGAGAGACACCACUGCACGAGGCCCUCGAAUUCGGGGCCUUGAAUACAGCCGAUCUCUUGAUACCCCACACUCCAACGGGUUUGACGUCUCGCUACGGGGAGACCCCCCUGCACAUUGCAUCGAGAAAAAAUUACCUAGAAACAGUGGAGAAACUCCUGAAGCGAAAUGAGAACCCGAGGACUCAGGACGCAGGUGGAAAUACUCCAGUUCAUCUGGCAGCAGCCAGGGGUUAUCAUGAGGUCGUCUCCUUGCUGAUGACUUCUAAUCUCGUACAACUGGAAGUUACUAAUGACGAGGGACUCACGGCCCUUCAGGUGGCAGCUGAAAGUGGAUUCAUCGAUACUGUUAGAGUCCUCAUCGAUGCCGGAGCCGAUCUCACGUGCAUCGAUGGCUCCACAACGAUUCACCAUCGCCAUCCUGAUAUAUCGGUUGUCAUCGAUCAGGAGAGAACGAAAAGGAAUGCAAAUCACACUUGAGAGACUGCUGGAGUUUAGAAAUGGAAUGAAUAUUUAGUGGAGACAUCGAUACGUAUCAGUGUCUUUGGGUACCGCUAUGGUAUGCUCGAAAUGUGAAAGAUGAAAGUAAGUUGUGAUGAUUCGGUGGGAGAAUUGGAGAGAAUUUUAGUGUCGAAGGGGGAGGAGGGGAUAGCUUAACUCAACUCGAAGAUCCGUUCUUCAUGAAUUUUUGAAUCUACACAGAGAAAAAAAUUAGUUGUUGUCAGUAGAUAUCUCUGAAUUUAAGAACUCGUUGAUACUGAGUAUUUGAGUGGAAAGGGCUGAAAAUAAAUAGAAUUUUCACUUAUUUUGUGAAAAUUUUCUAUAGAAAAUCAGAGGAAAAGUUCUAAUUCUCAAUUCUUUUUACACAAUUUUAGCAUAAUUAUCCUCGAAUUUUUUGCUACUCCAAGAGAUUCUUGAUUCUGUGAUUCAGAACUUGAGGGGGUUUUGACCAGCAUUCUCAAAUUAUGAACAGUCUCCUCCUUGAAUUGAUGUUCCUCCGUGUUCUAAAACAAAUUUAUUUAUGUUUGUGUUCAACUUGACUGAAUUAAUGUUGAAUUAGUGUUCAAUGAAUCGAUAAUUUUUUCCCUUCAAAUGUUAUUCCAGUAAUUCUUGCUUUAAGAACCCAAUAGUUCUUUUGGUCAGAAGUUUAACCAAUUGAAAUGAGUACAUUUUUUGGGGCUGAAUUUUAGAACUUUUUUUCUGCAAUUGAGUUCUUUAUUCUUAGUUGAAUGCCGUUGAAAAUCGUGAGUUAUCAAUAAAUAUCUCUCAAUUUUAAGAAAAUCUUGGUUCUGUAAUUUAGAACUUUAGGGAUUUUCGUGUAAAAUUCUCAAGUUAUGAAUAUUCUCGUCCUUGGAUUGAUAUUCCUCCGUGUCAUAAAAUUAAUUUAUUCAUGUGUGUUUUCGACUUGAUGUAAUUAAUGUUGAAUUAAUGUUCAAUUCUUCGAGAAUUUUAUCCCUUCGAAUGUUCUUAGUUUGAAAAUGCGUAGGUGCUCAAUUUAGGAACUCAAUAAUUCUUGUUUAAAGAACCCAAUGGUUUUUUUUUUCAAGUUUAAUCACUUGAAAUGAGUGUUUUUUCUUCGAGGUUGAGUUUUAGCAUUUUUUCUUCUGAAAUUGAGCAACCAGUUCCUUAUUCUCAGUAGAAUGCCGUCGAAAAUCAUAAAUUAAUAAAUAAAUAUCGCCCAUUUCGUCUUUGCUUUGAUGUUUCUCCGUGUUAUAAAAUUAAUUUAUUCAUUUUUGUGUUCGACUUGAUUGAAUUAAUAUUGAAUUAGUGUUCAAUUAGUCGAAAAUUUUGUCCCUUCGAAUGUUGUUUGUUUGAGAACGCAAAGGUUCUUAAUUUAGACAACCAAUAAUUCUUAUUUGAAGAGCCCAACGGUUUUUUUUCUUCAAAAUUUUAACCACUUGAAAUGAGUGUAUUUCUUGGGGUUGAGUUUUAGAAUUUUUUAUUCUGAAAUUGAGCAACCAGUUUCUUAUUCUCAGUACAAUGCCGUUGAAAACCACGAGUUUCGUAUAAUCAGUAACUUGAUUCUGGUAACUAGAAAGUUUUUUUCUUUGUGAUAAGAGAGAUGGAGAAAUGUUAAUUCAGUGCACCUCUCAUUUCGCCAUGUAAAAAAGGUCCCCUUAGAAAUUUCUCCAUCUCCCACAGAUUCGAAAACUGCAAAGUGGUAAAACUAACGAGUCAAUUUGAAAAAAUCGCCACUUCUCUUCAAUUAAAACGAGAUAAAUCAAUUCGACAUGAACAAAAUAACUUAUCAAUAAAUAUCUCCCAAUGUAAGCGAUUUUUUUUGUCUAAACACAAAUGACUUCGCAGUUAAAUUGAAAACUUAUAGAUUUUUUUGUAAUUUUUAUACCAAUUUAUUAUCUAUUCUGUUUAAUGAAUUACGUCACUAGGAUACUGUUGAUACUGUUAAAAAAAUUGGAAUUUCAUGGACAAGUUGAUAGCAAUUUCCAGAGGAAAAUAAAAUUCGUUUUUAGAUGGAUAAGCUCAUGAAAUUCCAAAUUUCAGGUAGAAUUCAAGUGAAUUCAAAUAGUCUUUAGUAGAAAAGAAGCGGAAAUUUCACAACUUACUUGAAUUUCCUUUUCCUAAUUUUCGCCGAAUAAUUGACCUGAAAUUCCCAGUUUCCAUUGAUUUUCUCCUAAAAUAAUGCAAAAAACACUGAAAUACAUGAUUUUUCACUGAAAUUCCCUGGAUUGUAAUAAAAACCCAAAAUCCCGUUCAUAUAACAUUUCCAUAUAUUUAAUAUAUGUAUAAUUUCGAAAUCAGGCACAAAUUAACAAAAUGAUAGUGUAUCUUCUCUGUUUUCUUUGGUGACUUAUGUACAGUUAAUUAUGUAUAAAAUAAUGUUACACUA